CCGCCCUUGCCCUCCCGUGCCCCGUGGGGCGCAUGGGGCGCUCGGAGCCGGGAACGCACGCGGGCUGCGCGCCCAGCUGCCUGCUGCGGUGAGAAGCCGCCCCGGGACGCCUCCCAGACCCCGAGCUGUCAGGAGGAUGACCAUGGCCGGGGGCAGAAGGGGACUGGUGGCCCCGCAAAACACGUUUCUGGAGAAUAUUGUCCGGCGGUCCAAUGAUACUAAUUUUGUGUUGGGGAAUGCCCAGAUAGUGGACUGGCCUAUCGUGUACAGCAAUGACGGAUUUUGCAAGCUGUCUGGCUAUCACAGGGCAGAAGUGAUGCAAAAAAGCAGUACCUGCAGUUUUAUGUAUGGGGAGCUGACUGAUAAAGAUACAAUUGAAAAAGUGCGACAAACUUUUGAGAACUAUGAGAUGAAUUCCUUUGAAAUUUUGAUGUACAAGAAGAACAGGACACCUGUGUGGUUCUUUGUGAAAAUUGCUCCAAUUCGGAACGAACAGGAUAAAGUGGUUUUAUUUCUUUGCACUUUCAGUGACAUAACUGCUUUCAAACAGCCAAUUGAGGAUGAUUCAUGUAAAGGCUGGGGGAAGUUUGCUCGACUGACCAGAGCACUGACAAGCAGCAGGGGUGUCUUGCAGCAGCUGGCUCCCAGUGUGCAAAAGGGCGAGAAUGUUCACAAGCACUCUCGCCUGGCAGAGGUCCUGCAGCUGGGCUCAGACAUUCUUCCUCAAUACAAGCAAGAGGCACCAAAGACUCCCCCUCACAUCAUCUUACAUUACUGUGUUUUUAAGACCACGUGGGAUUGGAUCAUCUUGAUCUUGACUUUCUACACAGCCAUAUUGGUCCCUUACAAUGUCUCCUUUAAAACCAGGCAGAACAACGUGGCCUGGCUGGUUGUGGAUAGCAUCGUGGAUGUCAUCUUUUUGGUGGACAUUGUGCUGAAUUUUCAUACCACCUUUGUGGGACCAGCAGGGGAGGUGAUUUCUGACCCUAAACUUAUCCGCAUGAACUACCUGAAGACAUGGUUUGUGAUUGACCUUCUGUCCUGUUUGCCAUAUGACGUCAUCAACGCUUUUGAGAACGUGGAUGAGGUUAGUGCCUUUAUGGGUGAUCCAGGGAAGAUUGGUUUUGCUGAUCAGAUUCCACCACCACUGGAGGGGAGAGAGAGUCAGGUACAUCCCUCAAAUCUCAGACCUUGUUGUCAUGUCUUUAAAGCUGAAUUAAAUGUGGGUGGUUAG